AUGGCAGCCUCUACUGAUCCCCGUAUGAAUGUGACCUUCAGUGGUGUUUUUCGACUCGAUGGAGACAUACCGGGUCGUGUAUCGGGCGAUGGUUCUCAGCAAUGGUUCCAAAGUCCCGUAUAUUUACCGAUGAACGGUCGUUGGAAUCGUGAAGUCUUUGUACUAUUUGAGCAAGCGUCGGCCCCACUCGUCCCACCUCGUCCCAUGUGGCUUACUGCUGAGAUCCUUCCCAGAAGUCAAGUGCGCGAUACACUUGUUAGGGUUCAGGCCGGGUUUGCCAUUGAACUUGAACACUACAUCGCACAAUUACCAGCGCCUCGCCCAGUCUUAACGGUCCACAGCAGAGGACACGUAGUGCGAUUCACCCGGCAGAACUUCGACCGCUGGAUUGUCGUGGCCCUGCAUAACGCUUCAGAUGAAGGUUCAGCGGCGGUCAUCCACUUCAAUGUGAUAGACGAAGCGUCAGAUGCGCUUAUAGCUCAGAUUGGGGCUCAUGUGUUCCGGGUAGGCAACGUCGUGAGUUUCCAAGGUGUCGUUGGACAGUACCUUCGCCGUAGUGGUAAAUGGGUUGUACAGUCGCCGAAAUUCGCAAUGAUGCACUCUCAGGGUCGCACCCUUGGCUACGGCGAAGCGAGUCCAGCCCUCUCAAUGGUGCAACAUUCUUGA